UCUAAGGCGACCAUGACAGUCAACAAACAUGGCUGAAGCUGCCGGGACGACACCGCAACACGAGUCGUGGUCCUCACACGUCCAGACGUUCUCCGCCCGACAUCCCAUGAUCCCCAAACUGUACGUGAUGCCGUGGAGACAGGACAUGAAGAACCAGAGGCUCCUGGUGAAGAACGCUGCUCUGGCAGAGAUACCUGUGGUUCCUCUUGAAGAGUCUUUGUGUCUUUGUGGUCGAGAGCGUCUCGUCCACAGUCAGGACGUCAACCGCCACCUCGCCUCUUCUUCCUCCUCAUCUUCCUCUUCAUCGUCCAGCUCCUCGGCUCCUCUCAGCCAAUCAGGACUGACGGCUCAUCACUCCUCCCACUUCUCCAGGUUCAACAGCUCCGUGGUGACGAGCAGACGACUUCACACAACCUGACACGUCACACACACACACUAAUAAACUGAUCUAUACAAACAAUCUGAUUAUACAACUGAAGAACAGCACUGGCUUUCCUCUAAUAAUAUUCAAAACAAUACAUUAUAAUGGUAUUAUAUUGAGUUGUUGUUUCUGUUUGCAAACAUGUUUUAUUAUUAUUAGCAGUAGUAGUAGUAGAAGUAGAAGUAGAAGUAGAAGUAGCGUCACUAGGAGAACAGUUCUCUUGUUCACCACAGGGUGUCAGUGUAAUCUUUGUAGUUGCCAGGUAGCGUUUAUAAAUUUAACGCAAACGUUUGAAGAAAAUAAAUACGAAUAACUUUUGUCCUUAAAUAUGUCACUGUGUUAUUAUGUUAUUUUGAUAAACGUG